AGCACUACUCUGGCAUUUUGUUAUUAAGUCAAACACUCAAUAGUAAAAUAAAUAACAAUGACGUUUCAACUUUCAACACAUUUCUUGUUAUAGAUCUACUAUCUUCUAUAGGUUAGAUACAUAGAUCACAACUUCAAAAGUUUAAUCCAUCACUAAAUUUGGAUCAUCAUCAUGAUCAUGGUAUCUAGGAGCUCCCAAGUUUGGUUGUUUCUCCUUGCAAUACUUGCUUUCUCUGCCCAUUUAGAGAGGGUAUCAGCUGCUAAUUGGUAUUGUGCGGCCGGCGAACUUGAACGUGUUCUCCCGGAGAUAUGCCCUACUUGCCUGAAAUGUACCGAUUGGUGCGCUAGUCAAGGCAGACCGCUGGUCACUAAGGAUGAUCAGUGCGUUGACCAAAAGUCAGGCACAGCAAUUUGGCAUUAUUGUGUUUGUUGUUGUGGAGGAUCCCCACCAUCACCACCACCUCCUCCUCCACCUCCAUCUCCACCACCACCAACAUCACCUCCCCCUCCAUCCCCAUCACCCCCACCUCCAUCUCCACCACCACCUACUCAAUCACCUCCUCCUCCAUCUCCACCACCACCUACUCCAUCACCACCUCCUCCUCCAUUCCGAUCACCCCCACCACCAUCUCCACCUCCGCCAAGAGAUCCACGAGAUUUAUGUGAUCUCAGUGAGCUUUCUUUAUCGAGCGCAACAGCCGCUUGCCCCGUUUGUCCCCUGUGCAAUUGUCCUGGUGGUAUAACCCCAGUGAUUGACGCUUGCGUUAGUGAUUACUGCAGCUGUUGUUGCCUUCAGAGUCCGUCUCCAUCAACACCAGCUCCGUCUCCACCACCACCUCCACCUCCGCCCAGAGAUCCAAGUGAUUUAUGCGAUCCCAGUGAGGUUUCUUUAUCGAGCGCAACAACUGCUUGUCCCAUUUGUCCAGUGUGCAAUUGUGGUCCAGGAGUAACUCCAGCAUAUGAUGUGUGCGUUGAUGAUUACUGCAGCUGUUGUUGCCUUCCGAGUACCCUUUCCUUGUCAACGACGACGACUUCUGGUUCACUAUUAUUUGCAGCAGUACAGUGAAAAAACAUUUCUGUAAAACUAUCACAAGGUCAUUUUAGCUAAUAAGCUGCAACCAAUGUGACGUGAUAAUGAUCUGGAGUGAACCUUAUUUGUGUAAUAAACUAAGCAACAUGUAUGUUGUUCUAUUUAAAUUGGCUUGUCAGCCUUUGAAAUUCUGAAUCUGUACACCGAUUUUAAUAGCUACUUAACUAAUUAAUCAAACACAAAUUUCAC